AUGAAAAUUAUUCUUUCCAUCAACGCCGGCUCCAGCUCAGUCAAGAUAUCGGCUUACUCGGCGGAGAGAAAUGGGCAUCUGCGACAGAUUGCCGAGGCCCAAGUCAGUGGAUUAACAGCACCACCAGCAAAACUCAAAUACUCGAGAUAUGGGAAGGCAAUUGCCAAAGACCAACAGGCUGGCCAAAAGAUCCAAGGACAGGAUGAUGCUUUCUCGGUUCUGCUAGAUACGCUCAUCAACGACGGUGAGCUGCGAGAAAUCACGUCCAAGAAUGACUUGGCAAUCGCAUGCCACCGAAUUGUUCAUGGCGGUGACUACACCGAGUCACGGACUAUUACUCGAGAUACGUAUCACCAUUUAGAAAAGCUGAGCGAUCUUGCACCGCUACACAACGGGGCGGCUCUCGGCAUUGUAGAGUCGUGUAUAAAGCAGCUUCCAGGGGCUAUCAAUGUUGCCUGCUUCGACUCUCAGUUUCACGCAACUAUUCCACCACAUAUUUCCACGUACCCUAUCAACCCAGAUAUUGCGGAGAAGAACCGACUUCGCAAGUACGGCUUUCACGGCCUAAGCUACGCGUUCAUCACGCGGUCAGUCGCCGAGUUUCUUCAAAAAGACGCCAAUCAAGUCAACAUGAUUGCGCUUCAUUUGGGGAGCGGUGCCAGCGCCAGCGCAAUCAAAGCUGGUAAAAGCUGGGAUACAAGCAUGGGAUUGACACCUUUGGCCGGCCUUCCAGGCGCAACUCGAAGUGGUAGCGUUGAUCCCAGUCUUGUCUUCCACUACGCUAGCGAUGUCGGCAAACUGUCGCCGGCUUCUACCGAACACCUUCACAUUUCCAGAGCGGAAGAGAUUCUCAAUAAACAAAGCGGGUGGAAGUCUCUGACGGGGACAACGGAUUUCAGCGUCAUUGCUGGCUCUGACGAGCCCAAGCACAAGCUGGCUUUUGACAUAUUCGUGGAUCGGGUCUGCGGCUUCAUUGGCAGCUACUACGUGUCGCUCGAGGGCCAAGUUGACGCACUGGUAUUUGCAGGUGGAAUUGGAGAAAAGAGUGCCCGUCUACGUGGCGAGGUGGUGCGGCGUACAAGCUGUCUCGGGUUUGCCAUUGAUCAAGCCCGCAACUCGAGGAAUCUCACAGAGGUGGUGGAGGAAGUGGGCUCGGAUCAGGCACGGCACCGAGUGUUGGUUUGCCAAACGGAUGAGCAGUUGGAAAUGGCCAGAGCUGCCACUGAGAAGGGGGAGUUGUGGGAUGCAUGA